AUGGAGCCCGGAGACAGCAAACUGGAUUCACCAGAGCGGAGGCGAUCACGGAGGACGUCAAUGAGGCGUUCGUUGACUCUACGGGCUGAAAGAAUAGACGAGCUUCGCGAUCCAGAAGACUCAGCUCUGGCACCAGUGGCAGAUGAUGACAGGCGAUACAGUCCAUACCAUGAUCCCAGCCCAGCGGUGGUAGCACUGGGCCAUGAAUUGGGAGACGACGGCUUGGGCCAAGGAGGUCAGGUUAGGCCGGGGGUCACGAAUGACAGCAGGUCACCGGCAACGCCACCAUCUACACCGAUAUUACCAGUACAGCCCUUUUCGCAGGCAGAAUUGCGGCCAGACCAAGGAAGUCCAUAUGGGACGAACGUUGAUGUCCCAACAACAGCUCCUUUACCUGAGUUGAUGGCAGCGCUCCCGGAAGAGUCACAGGCCCCUCUUCGUCCGCCAAGCCCAACAAAACCAGCAAGCUCAGUAGCAGAUCCACUGGCCUUGAGACACGAUGGAGCAACGAGCCCAAACCAAUCCUCCCAGUAUAUCAACAUAGAUCCCCCCCAUUCUGGCGCUAUUCUUGCCCCAUCAGAGCCAUUAGGUCCCUCUCACGUUUACGAGCAAUAUACGCGCAACUUACCCUUCGGACCACCGCCGGGUCUCUCUUCCGACCCUUUAACAAGGGGCUAUCCCUAUCACGGACCAUCCGAUCCUUCUCCUUAUCACAUCUAUCCUCGAGAUGUACAUAACACCUCCCCAUAUGGACGAGUCGUAACACAACAAGGCGAAGUCCCGGUAGUCGAUUACUAUAGCCCAUACGGACAUCACGAACCGCUGCCGCCCUACACCGAACGAGAUAAUACAGGCCUAGGAGGAAGCAGCUCGAGCUCCGUCGCCCCUACCCCAGCGCCCGUUGCCGACGCCACUCACAGUAUUGAUCCGCCCCCUGCCUCUUCCGGUGUUGUUUCUUCCCCAACUCCUGCUUCUGCGCCAGAGUCUGCGCCCGCAUUGGAUUCUGGCUCCGUUGUUGAAGAGCCUGAGGGUCAGACAGUACCGACAGCACAGUCAACACAGGCACCACUUGCGUCGACCCAGACACUGGCCAUCACGCAGUUAUCGCCGACAGCACAGGUGGCAGCAACAGGACAAACGGAGCAGACGGAGCAGACGGAGCAGACAGGACUGGCGGCGCAAGCGGCGCAAGCAGAGGAUAUUACUGGUGCUGGAGGUCUGGGCCUUGCAACCAGAAACCCAGAGUUUGACUCGCUGGACGACUUGCGAGCUCCUCGACCCCGUACGUCGACACGAAGCUUUAAUACAACCAACAGUAACGACCAAAUCAACAAGGAAAAGGCGGUGAUCUCAGAAAAAGAGACACCUUUCAAGCGUUGGAUGAGAAAGCAGUGGUGUUUUGGUGUGGUUCCUAACUGGGCUUUGGUCCUCUCCUUAUGCCUUCUUGUGAUCGUGGGGAUUGUUGCCGGCACAGUUGUCGGAGUUUUGUUGAGCAGGCAUGGAAAGCCACUACCCAAAGGUGGUUAUCCAAAGCCCACAACGGGGUCAGCACUUCCCAGCAACGUAAUACCCAUACCAACCCCAACAGAUCUUGCUGCGCUUCCAAUAGGAACGUGGAGUAUACCCAUGAUGCUUAGCAAGUCCUCUAGUAACUGCUUCAAGGACCCUACACAGUCGAAAACUUGGGACUGCAGGUUUGUGCCCUCCGGCAUGUACUUGUCGGUUGAAAAUUCCGUCCCCAAUGGUUACACCUUCACGAUCAACUGUAACCACUCUUUCACCAUGUCCAACAAUGCCUACUUGUACGGCGAGCAGCCAGCGUUGCUUGUGAAUCCCGGGGAAUUAGUGCUGGUCAACGAUUCGUCUGAAGCUAACCGGGGUCCUGCUUGGUUUCACUCUUUUCCUUACAACAAGACCGUGAUUCUUUCCCAGAAUUCACUCAACAUUUCCACCACAGAAGGUACGGCGAGGAUGCGCCGUAGAAUUGAUAGCAAGGAUUAUGACAGACGCAAGGGCUUUGGGGCGCAACCGGGAGAAAAGCCUUGGAUUUGCAACUGGCCCCAGACGACGUUCGAGCUCUAUAUUUAUGCUCAACAAAACUCGAGUUGGUCCGUCAAUACUCAAACCUUUGCGCCGCCGUUGGCCACCUCGUCCGUAUCGGCACCGACGGACUCCCCCACAAAGACAGUAGUGGUCACGAAAACAGAAACCGACCACAUAAACUCACCAACAGCAAGCAUAUCCUCGUCGCCGACUUUGUCACCAGAUAGAAACAACCACUACACCACAAAGCCAUGGGAACAACGACCUCCGGAAGGGGAUAUGUACUAUCAUCCCUACAGACAGCGCCAAUUUGAGUCCGGGAAACACGACAAAGCCCCCUCCGCGACUGAAUCACUAUCAUCAACCUCCGGGCCUGCGCCUUCGUUCCCGCCAGGCCCAAUGGGUACCGGGCCCCGUGGCGAUGGCUUCGCUCCUCCACCCCCGGGCUAUCCCCGAGUCAUCAAAUUCGAGGAACGUCGGUAUCUCAAUGCGCCGGCUCCGGAAUGCACGCAAUUUGAAAUACCCACCAACGGACAUGCUGCUCAGCCUGUUCGCGAUGAAAAGGGAAAUAUGGUUGUCGUCACCAUCUACCCCCCGGAGGCUACAGAGACGGGUUCGCCACGCUCAUCACGUCGCUUGGGCAAGAGGUUUACCGACUGGGACCUUGAACUGGAUGAAGAGGAUGAUAGCCCGAUAUGGAGCACGGAGGUCUUGCGGAGGGGCGAGGCGGAUGGAGGAAUAUCAAACGCAAGUGGCGGCGUUGUUCCGUUUGGAGGUCAAUGUAACUGUGAGUGGUUUGUUACAUAA